AUGCCCAAAGCGACAAAAGGCAAAAAUGCCGCCCCCCGAAAGGGCCCCUACGAGAAGCCCGCCGCAAACAGGGUCUUCAAGUUCAACACAAACAUCGGCCAGCAUAUCCUAAAGAACCCCGGUAUCGCAGAUACCAUCGUCGCAAAGGCUAACCUCAAGCCUACGGAUACCGUCCUCGAAAUCGGUCCCGGUACUGGUGUGCUCACCACGCGAAUUCUCGAGCAGGCUAAGGCUGUCAAGGCUGUCGAGCUGGAUACUAGGAUGGCGGCUGAAUUGACGAAACGAGUGCAGGGUACGCCGCAGCAGCAGAAACUCGAGAUUAUUAUGGGCGAUUUUGCAAAGUUGUCGCUUCCUGAGGCGCUUCCUCCUAUUGAUGUUUGCAUUAGCAACACACCUUACCAGAUUUCGUCGAUUAUCAUCUCCAAGCUUAUCUCGCUACCUAAACCUCCACGAGUUAGCAUUCUCAUGGUUCAGCGAGAAUUCGGUCUGCGAUUGUGCGCCCGCGCCGGUGAUUCACUGUACUCUCGUCUUUCCGUCAACACCCAAUUCACAUCCAAGGUCUCCAUGGUCGCAAAGGUCGGCAAGAACAACUUCUCUCCACCUCCUGAGGUCGAGUCCGUCGUCGUGAGGAUAGAACCUCGAACAGAUGUCCCCGCUGUUGGACUCGAGGAGCUAGACGGUAUGCUGCGCAUCUGCUUCUCCCGAAAGAACAAGACCCUGCGCGCUAGUUUCAUCGACUCUCAUGAGCUUUGCGAGCGAAACUGGGUUACCUGGACGGCUAUGUACCCUGACAAGGUCAGCGAGAAGGAUCUGGACAUGCUCCGCAACAGCAUGGACACCGAUGCCAAGGCCGCCGACUCUAAGCAGAGCGUGUGCGGUAUCCCUGUCAGCAAGGCUUCUCUCAAGAACUUGAUUCGUCACAAGAUUGAGACUGUCCUCGAGACUACCGAGCUUGCUGAGGCGCGAGCUGUCAAGUGUGACGAGAAUGACUUCUUGAAGCUUAUCUUGGCUUUCCGCGAGAACAACAUCUACUUUACAUAA